ACACUUUAACCCUGUCUCCGGAGCAGCGCGGACCAGAGCGCAGCACCUGGUGGCGCGGACACAUCUUCCCGAUCAGCACACUGGAAAGUGAGUUUUCUGAUUCUGACCUUGGAUUCUUUGAUUAUCUUGAGUACUGCGGGAUGUUUUAAACUGCGGUGGGAAACCCGCUGUGUGGAUAUCCACCUGGGAAAUGUUGCUUCACGGACGGCUCGAUUCUGCGUCUUGAAGGGAGUUGAGACCUGAAAGUCAUGAAGUGAAUGUUGCAGCGACAGUUUAUCCUAUGAUUGACACCAGCACUCCGACCAUGUUGGACAGAACUGAACCGGCACACUGCACCGUGUGCUGCUGUACACUGGCCAACAAAAUCCUCAUGGUGCUCUUCAUGGUGCUGCUCAUCUUCGCGAUCUUGUUUGGGAACUUGGUGACUCUGGCUGUGGUUCUCGGGACUAAACACUUCCACACGCCGCAGGGCUACCUGAAGGCGUCACUCGCUGUGGCUGAUCUGGCGGUUGGGAUAUUCGUGGUGCCGUUGUCCGUCUACGCCGAGGUCUAUCUCAUGGUGACCGACUCGGCACCGGAGUGGACUUCAUACAACUCGCAGUCGGUGAGUUUCCACCCGUGCAACAUCAUCGGCCCCAUCUUUGCGGGGUGCACCUUGGUCUCCAUCACAACCAUUUUCCUGCUGACAAUCGAGAGGAGCAUCGCCGUGUUGAGGCCUCUGCACAAAGACUCUGUGAUUACACGUAAAAGGACCACGAUCCUUAUCGUCCUCUCCUGGGUGGGGAGUUUCUUCUUGGCAGUGUCUCCGAUGGUUUUUAGCAGUGAGAUCGCUCUGGAGUACAACUCCUGCAGCCGGAUGUGUAAUUACGCACUGGGAACCAUCGGCGAGUUCCCCAGCCAGGCCUGGAACAUCCUCCUUCUCUUCCCCGCGUUUGACUUCACCCUCCUCGGUGGAACUGUGGUCAUUAACAUCAUCUCUCUGUCCAGCAUCAGACAGCAUUCAAAACGCAGGAAACACCUGGCCGAGACAGAAAGCCAAAGCACCACCAAACCUACUUUCUCUGACAUCAAAGCGGCCAAAACUAUUGGGACGUUGACUGUGGCGUUUACUGCGUCGUUCACCCCCAUCGCCGUCUUUGUGGUCGGGAACGUUUUGGGGAAUAAAUGGUGCAACUUUUCUUUUUUCGCCUUCUGGAUUUUGACCACCAACAGUUGCUGGAAUGUCAUAAUUUACAGUGUGAGGGAUCAGAAAUUCAGACUCCGAGCACACAAGCUCCUCAUGCCUUUCCAGAGAAAAAACACAACCAAAACCUAAAAAGAAAAUUCAGGUACCGAAGACUGGAUCAGGAGCAGGACUGCAUCAUUUAGAUGUUUGUUUGUCACACAAACUCUUUGUUCAGCACACAUUGUGAGUCUCGUUAAGAGACGUGUCUGCAUGUUUUGUGCAUUGCUGUUGUGAAAUUACAGCUUUUUUACAUCCUUUAAAAAGCAUGGAAAGUUUUCAGAUAACAAACUGAUAAUGGAUAUUAAAUGUCCCGCUUCGUGGGCAUUUGUCUUGUUUUGUGUAACACUGCGAUUACAGAAGCUUGUUUCAGUCUGUGGAAUGGUUGUUUUACCUGAGUGUGAUCAAUUAAAACAUAAA